UUCAUUUACCGGCCAGAGUGGCAGGUGCUGCUUUGCACCGAGUGCGGGUUCUGUUUACGGCCAGGACGCGACGUCUGGCUUCGACACCUCAGGCAGAAGCCGCAUUACCUGCGAGGCGCGCCGCUAAAGGCUCUUGUCGAGCUCUUUGAGAGCUAU